AUGGAACAUCAAAAUGGCCCAUGUCGUCGUUCUCGAAGCCGCUCCAGAUCUCGUGGAGCCUUCAAUCGUCGCUCAAAUUACUCAAACACCCCAUGCAUUGUGCCAGUAGCACUUGCACCAAUCGAGGAAAACAGUGGUCAUUCAACCAGUAUCAUGCCAUUUGUUAACCCACUCAUGGUAGCCGCUAAAGAGCUCAAGUUUGCUUGUCAACUUGCUCAUGGAUCUCCUGUUGCAAUCAUUGAACGAUGGUCUGAUGUCAGUGAGCUGUAUCAGUCGAUUGCUGAUUGUUUUAACAUUGCAAAAGACGAUAUAAUAUUCCUUACAGUUAACGACUUCAAACCCGACAUGAAGAAUAUGUUCACUGGAACCCUCAACUUCAAGGAUAUGCUCUACGCUCAUAUUCGUGGCCAAGCAACUGAAUUACGAGUACUCAAAGACUCCAACAACUUUGGCGUUACGAUCACCGACAAUGGGCUGGGUAACGCUUUCAUAAAAAUGAUUAACCCCGGCUCAGUGUUUGACCGAAUGCGACCAGCUACUCAAGUUGGUCAACUUAUUGAAGAGAUCAAUGGAGAACGAGUGCUUGGAAGAAGACAUUAUCAAGUCGCACGAAUUUUGAAAAAUAUUCGUCGUGGCGAUGAAUGUGUUAUUCGGUUGAUUGCUCCUAAGACCGCUGACCCAGGAAUUAUGAAAACUCCAAAAAAGAGCUCUGGAGAAUUGGCGAAAGGGACUAUUCGGUUCAAAUCGGAAGGUGGAUUCGCGGUUGAAGAUAUCCAAGAUCAGAUGAUUCAAGCAGAGAUGUGUGGCAAGCUCAAUGAGUUGUUUGAUCAAUACUUGGGAGUUCAAGACGAUCAGUUGGCAAUGCGCAUAUGGGAAACUGCUGCAACCUGUGAAAGUCUCUGGCAGCUUGGUGAAGCAAUCAAGAAAUCGGAGCUUUCAAUGUUUGAGUUCCCCGAUGGUUUGGUUUUUGACAUGUGGGGAAUUAUAGGAGAUUUGAAAAGAGAGCAACGGAACAAGAAGCCAUCCUCGAUCAAGAACUCGAACAUUGCUCGACCAUCAGCUAUGGUCCUUUUUAAUUGA